AUGGUUGAAAGAAGACUAGCUUCAGAAGGUGACACGGAAAGACAAUCAGGAAAAAUUGAUGAUCCAAACUGGCAUAGCAAAGGUUCAGGACCUACAGUAAAGACUGAUAGACAUGAGGUCUCAGAAAUAGACCUAGAUUGGGUAAUUAACAAUGAGUUGGGACAAUUUGGACGAUUCCAAAUGAUUCAUGUCCUACUAUUAUUGUUCCCCGUUAUUGCUCAUGCGUUUUUGAGUGAAUUCGUGUUUUCAGCUUCCGCUGUUCCGCAUAGAUGUCGGAUCCCUGAAUGCGGAGAGAAUGGUGGGACAGCUAACGAAUUGUUCCCAGAAUGGAUCUUGAACGCUGUGCCCAGCAGCAACGGACAACUAGACAGUUGCUCACGCUACGCGCCGGCUGGCAAUGGCUCGCUGGAGUACUGCCCAGCUACCAUCUUCAACCAGGCUGUCACGCAGAAGUGCGAUGGAUUCGUGUACGAGAGGAACAAUUCAGUUGUUUAUGAGUUUGAUCUUGGCUGCCAAGAGUGGAUGCGUGCAUUGGCCGGUACAUUGAACAGCAUUGGCACUCUACUCGUUCUCCCGAUCACAGGCUACAUAUCCGACAAAUAUGGGAGACGUGUGGCUCUCUGCAUCAACAUCUUCAAUUUGGCGUUUUUUGGCCUCAUCAGAGCGUUUUCCGUUAACUAUCCCAUGUAUCUGGUGCUACAGAUUUUGCAGACAACUCUUGGAGCAGGCACAUCCAGCGCUGCUUUUAUUUUAAGUAUAAUUAAUUCAUUUUCAGCGGCAGAACAAUUGAUUGGCUCAAAACACCGAGUGCUGGUGAGCUCAGUGAGCAUAGUCUCUUUCUCAGUGGGUCAAAUCAUCAUGGCCGGAAUAGCCUGGCUCGUGCAGCCAUGGCGUUACUUCAUUAUGACACUAUAUAUCCCCUGCUUUCUAAUGGUCGCUUAUUAUUGGUGCAUCUCGGAAAGUGUUAGGUGGUUACUUACCAAAGAAAGGUUCGACGAAGCCAAAAGUGUUCUAGAGAAAAUUGCAAAAAUAAAUAAAAAAAAGAUCAGUGAGAAAUCUAUGCAGGCGCUGAUGACGCCAGCGCCAGCAAAAGAGAGUCAGACGGACAACUCCAAAGGCUUGAUUCAUACCAUUUUCAAAUCCCCAAUACUGCUUUGCCGCGUCUGCACUACACCAGUUUGGUGGAUCGCAACUACUUUAAUUUACUACGGGUUAUCCAUCAACUCCACUGGGCUCCCGGGCAAUAUGUACGCCAACUUCAUGCUGGUGUGUGCUGUAGAGAUCCCUGCUGUUUAUACUGCUAUGCUGUUGCUGGAUCGUGUUGGCAGAAAGGCUGUCCUUACGACUGGAUUUUGGCUUAGCGCCGCUUGCAACCUUGCGUUCGCUUUCAUUGACAAUAACGAACUAGUGACACUGGGUCUUAUACUGUUCUUGAUAGGCAAGUUUGGAAUCUCGGCAGUGUUCGCGUGUCUUUAUAUUUAUACCUCAGAGCUGUACCCAACGCAGUUCCGUCACACACUUUUGGGAUUCUCUUCUAUGGUUGGACGUAUCGGCUCUAUCACCGCUCCGCUAACUCCUGCUUUGGCUGUAUACUGGGCCGGAAUCCCGUCGGUGAUGUUCGGCGCUAUGGGUCUGUUGGCCGGCGCGCUGGUGCUCACUCAGCCGGAGACCAUGGGCUGUAAGAUGCCGGACACCCUGGAUGAGGCAGAGGCUAUUGGCAAACAAAAGAAGAAGAUAAUUACGACAGCUCUCUAGA